AUCCCACUCAUGGAGGUCAAGUACGACGCAAGUAAUUCAUAUGGCGAGUGAAGUUCAAAGCCGAAAUUCAACCCAAAGAAGAAUCUAAAGCAGAGACCUUGCGAGCGGGAGCAAAAUGAAAAUAAGAACUCUAUAAAUAUAUGAGAAAAUCAAGAAUCUAUCUGAGAACCUGAUUUCCAAGAAAAACAGAAAUUUCUAGAAGCAAAAUUUCAGCAAUUGAAAAAUGCUAGAAAAGAUGGUUGCGUUGAAAAAGACAAAGAUAUGAUUUUUUAUUUGCUUGAAAAGAUCAAAGUUCUAGAAACUAGCCUACAAAAAGAAAGAAUGAUCAAUGAAGAAUUAAGGAUUGCAAGAGAGAGCAAUAACCAGGAGUUAAUUUUGGCUGAAACUAAAAUUUUAUAUCUUGAAAAUGAAAAUAAAUCUUUCAAAGAGGAAAUUACUAAUCUAAAAACUGAUCUGAAAAACUCCACUACCUCCUUACAGAAAAUUAUAAAUACUCAUAAGGAUGAACUAUCCUUAUCGAAACAGCAAUUAUCUGAAAUAAACAAGAUGCACCAAGAACAGAUGAACACAAUGACAUUAUCUCUUCAUACAGCUCAAACUCAGUUAAAAAGUCUAAAAUUGCACAUUGGAAAUUCUAGUGAAGAAGAAAGUGAACUCAAAAAGAAUGUUGAAACAUUGAACAAGCAGGUGAAGUAAAAUCAUAAAGUUCUCAAGUAUCUAGAUACAACACAGAACAUAUCAUCAGCUUGGCUAAAACCAAAGCGGCCAUGAAUAAGUCAAAACUAUCUGAUGUAAUUCAUAAGGAGAAAAAGAAGAACAAAGAUAUAUUGGAAGAAAUUAGAAAGCUAAAAAUGUACAACAAAAGUAUAU